GUCCCCCAACCAAGCAUAUUUACUAUAUAUAUAUAUAUUUCUAUCAUAAAAACAGAAUUAUAAAUUAUCGUUAAUGUUUGUUAUAUUCUUUCUCCUCUGUUUCUUCAGAUUCAUAACAAAGAGAAAGAUUGCGAGGAAUUGAAUCAAUGGCUAAACACGAAGAUCUUCCAAUCCCAAUCUACUCAACUUUGGACCCUGUUUAUGGCCAUGGAUCUCAACUCGAAGAAGCUCAGGCUCGAUUUCACCGUUUAAAAGCUAAAUUUCUUGACCUCUUUGGUCAUCCUCCUCAAAUCUUCGCUCGUUCUCCAGGGAGAGUGAAUUUGAUUGGAGAACAUAUAGAUUACGAAGGGUACUCUGUGUUGCCAAUGGCGAUAAGGCAAGACACUAUCAUCGCAAUUCGAAGGCGCGAUGAUGAUGAUGAUGAGACUGAGAAGCUUUUAAGAAUCGCCAAUGUCAAUGAUAAUAAGUACCAACUUUGCACUUAUCCUGCUGAUCCAAAUCAGGAAAUUGACUUGAAAAAUCAUAAAUGGGGCCACUAUUUCAUUUGUGGGUACAAAGGAUAUUAUGAAUACUCUAAAUCAAAGGGUGUAAAAGUUGAUGAGACAGUUGGACUUGAUGUUCUUGUUGAUGGAACUGUUCCUACAGGUUCUGGGUUAUCAAGUUCUGCAGCAUUUGUUUGCUCUUCCACUAUUGCUAUUAUGGCUGCUUUUGAUGUGAACUUUCCAAAGAAAGAAAUUGCACAGCUUACUUGUGAAUGUGAACGACACAUUGGAACACAAUCUGGUGGGAUGGAUCAGGCAAUAUCUGUGAUGGCUAAAAGUGGGUUUGCAGAGCUUAUUGAUUUCAACCCUAUCCGUGCUACGGAUGUGCAAUUACCCGCUGGUGGAACUUUUGUUAUUGCGCAUUCUUUAGCAGAAUCUCAAAAAGCAGUCACUGCUGCAACAAAUUACAACAACAGGGUUGUUGAAUGUCGCUUAGCGGCUAUUGUGCUUGGGAUAAAGCUUGGGUUGAAACCACAAGAAGCAAUAUCAAAUGUCAAAACCCUUUCUGAUGUUGAAGGAUUGUGUUUGGAAUUUGCUGGUACUCAUGGUUCAUCAGAUCCUCUCCUGGCCCUCAAGGAAUAUCUGAAAGAGGAGCCUUACACAACCCAAGAUAUAGAACAAAUUGUUGAAGAGAAUCUAUCAUCAAUUUUUAAAGAUUCCCCAUCUUCAUUAGAUGUGUUAAAAGCUGCAACACACUUCAAAUUAUAUCAGAGAGCAUCUCAUGUGUACUCUGAAGCCAAACGAGUCCAUGCUUUCAAGGACACUGUAUAUUCAAAUUUGAGUGAAGAGGACAUAUUGAAAAAACUUGGGGAUCUAAUGAACGAGAGCCACUAUAGCUGCAGUGUUAAAUACGAGUGCAGUUGCCCGGAGUUGGAAGAACUUGUAAGCAUUUGUCGUAAGUAUGGUGCUCUUGGGGCAAGGCUUACCGGAGCUGGAUGGGGAGGUUGUGCAGUUGCUUUGGUGAAAGAGAAUAUUGUCCCACAAUUUAUUCUCAACUUAAAGGUUAGUGUAUUAAUUAAUAAUACCUAUGUUUUCAGAUAUAUGAUUAUAUAUAUAUAUAUAACAUCAAAUGUAUAUGUGUAUGUUUUUCAGGAGCAUUACUACCAGUCUAGGAUUGAGAAAGGAGUGAUUAGUAAUAAUGAUCUUGGUCUUUAUGUGUUUGCUUCCAAGCCUUCCAGUGGUGCUGCUAUUUUUAAGUUUUAAUUAUUUUGUUUUAGUUUAGUAUAGUAACUAAUUUUAUUCACUAUAUUUUGUGAUUUCACAUAAUUUUUAACUUAUAAAUAAAUGUAUAUCUUUCUCCAUAGAUGAGGAGAUUUAAGAAAGGAAUAAUUACCACUAUUUUUUUUGUAAAAA